AGGUUAACAAAUGUACGUGUCUUCUUCAGUGUAUCGUAGACUCUGUGGAGUUUAACGCUCAGUUCUUUGCUCUUCGCCCUUUCGCCAGUAUUCCGUACGGGUCCUUUUUUCAAAAAGAGGCCCGAUUAUCGUUGAAGACGCUCGUAAACGGAACUUUUUCCCUUUUUGUUUCAUUAUAUUAAUUAUUAUUAGGGUGUUUUAUUUUUCGCUUUCCUCCUCAUUCUCCUCACAUCGGUUCCGGCGUUUCGUGAAAAUGAAAAGAUACGAUAUUAAAUUCACCCUGUUCCUGACGGUCGCAACUGUCCUCCUACAAAGCGUGUACACGCUGAAAAAAGAAGACUGCGAAGUUUGUUUCACCGUUCUAGAAAAGUUCAAUGAACGACUGACGGACGAGAUUAGGUCCGAUCAGACGAAAAUAGAAGACGAAUUUAAGAAAUUUUGCAAAACGACUUCAAACAGCAAUAACAGUGCUAAAUUAAAAGAAAACAAAUUCUGUUACUACUUAGGAGGCUUAGAAGAAUCAGCAACAAGUAUCCUGAGGGAUCUGUCCAAACCACUCUCCUACAACCUUCCAGUCAACAAACUUUGCGAGAGGCUUGCCGCCAAAGUCGGAGGGAUCUGUGCACUCAGAUAUGACAAGACAAUUGACUGGAAUACAGUCAAUUUGAAGAAACUGAAAGUCAGGGACCUGAAGAAAAUCCUCAACGACUGGGAUGAAGACUGCGAAGGUUGCAUUGAAAAGACUGACUUCAUCAAGAGGAUAGAAUCGCUCAAGUCGAAAUACCUAAAGACAGAAUUGUGAGACAACUAUAACGGACUUAUAAUUAAUUCAAUUGUACAGAAAGAGAACAAAAUGGAUAAAAACCAGACCUAUUCAAUGACAAUUGUUUUGGGGAGGGGGGAAUUUUGUUCUGUUGGUUUAUUCACUUUUGUGUUUGUUAUUUGUGUUUUUGUGUUGUUUGUUACUGGCGAUGCGGUGCUGGUUGCUGCGAAAAAGGCGGGUUUCGAAAAACACACUGUGAAUGAAUCGAUCAUAGGGCUCAAUCGUACUAAGCGUGCACUCAUGGUUCAGUUUAAGAACUUAAUUCAUUUAAAUACGGUGCAUUUUGUAAAAUGCAAUUA